AGCAACAUCAUCCCGCGGUCCGGCUCAUCAGGACUAAAGGCUGAGAAGCAAGCGCUGAGCAAAAAGCGGGCCGCUGAGCAAGGACACAAGAACACGACCCUUCCUGACUCCUGGCUGAAGGGAUUGAUAGAAAGUCUAGAUAUACGUUGCGUCUUCUGCCUCCGAACCUCGCAUCUUCCCUGCGCCCUGAAAAGGUUUCCUUGGAGAAAGCGCCUUCUUGACAUCUUCUAACGUCAUGUCAUUUCAGAGGAAAUCUUACGCAGGUUCGAUCCUCAUCACCGGAGGCACCUCAGGCCUAGGAUUUCAAGCGGCGCUCGAAAUCGCCAAGGCAUGUCCAGAGUGCUUGGUCGUGUUAGCAUCUCGCUCGAACAAAGAUGCAACCGAGCAGAUCAAUGACAGCCUUAAGCAAACAAACACGACAUUCCAGUCACUCAACCUUUCGUCUCUUUCUUCGGUCCGCGCCUUCGCAAGCGCUUGGGAAGCAGAAAACUAUCCACCCUUGCGAUGCCUGAUUCUCAAUGCUGGUCUCCAAUUUCCUGGUGGCCUGGUCAAGACAGACAAUGGUCUCGAGGCUACCUUUGCCAUCAAUCAUGUUGGUCACGCGUUGCUGUUUUAUCUCUUGACUCCCUAUUUCGAGAAGGAAGCAAGGAUAAUCAUCACAUCAAGCGGAACGCACGAUCCUGACCAGAAGACCGGCAUGCCCAAUGCGAAGUACAGCUCAGCUCAAGAAUUAGCGUACCCUUCUGACGACAUGGUCAACAUCGAUGGGAGGCAACGAUACUCCAGCAGUAAAUUGGCAAACGUACUCUGGACUUAUGCACUUGACCGGCGUUUACGAAUGCAGAAAUCAGCUCGACUUACAGUCAAUGCAUUUGACCCAGGCCUGAUGCCUGGCACGGGCCUUGCAAGGGCAUACGGCGCCAUGCCAAGAUUCAUUUGGAGCAAUGUCAUGCCACGCCUCCUUCCUUUGCUUCGCCUCGCUCUUGGAACCAACAAUAUCCAUACAACGGCGAAUUCUGGUGCAACUCUUGCUUGGCUGGCUACAAGUGAAGAAUUGGACGGGAAAAGCGGCCUCUACUUCGAGGGAAGACGGGCGAUUAGGUCAAGUCUUGCAAGCUACGAUCGGGAGAAGCAGGACGAUCUCUGGAGUUGGACUGCCACACACGUGGCGCAGACAGAGGAGGAAGAAGCAAAAUUUCGAGAUUUGGCUACUCUAUAAUUAGAUACACUAGGUGAAUUGCAUACCAAGUAUUUAGUUAGGGUACUAGUCUCUCAGUAACGACUAAAAUGAUAAUGCAUCACGGGA